AUGGCUGGAGUCAAGUGUGUUGUGUUUUUAGCGGUCGUCAACUUUCUGUGGAGUCCUGGCAGAGGAGAUGAUGUGGUGUCCUGUAUUCACAUGGAAAGCUGCAUCUUACCGUGCAGCUUCCAGGGCGGUGAUGGUGCAGUGAUCCGCUGGACGGACGCGACAGCACAAGACACUGGAGAAACCAUCCACUCCUACUACGGCAACACAGACCAGCUCGCACUCCAGGACCAGCGCUUCAAAGGCAGGACGUCUCUGUUCAGGGAUCAGAUCUCCAGAGGAAACGCCUCGCUCCACCUGACAGGGGUGGAGGUUCAGGAUCAGGGCAGAUACAAGUGCUACACCAGCACUGAUAGUGGAAACAAGGAGUCAUUUAUAAACCUCAUCACAGUGGACGAGUACUUCUACUAUGACUACUCUGACGAUAUAUUCUUUACAUCAACACCACCACCACCAGCAGCAGCAGCAGCAGCAGUAGACAGCUUUGAGGAGUUUACACCUGAUAUCACUGUUGAUGAAAAUGAGGAAACCUACAGGUUCCACUGCUCCGGUCCAGGCCUGUACCAGUGCAGUGAGACAGGUCUGGUGUUUCACAUGGAGGGAGAAGGGGACGUGGUUUACAGGAUUGUCUCCUGGAACCACAGGAUACUGACCAAUCAUCACAAGAAGCCUGCAGGACCCCUGUUUGACAUUAAAUGUCUCCAGCAGUCUGUGUGUCAGCUUCAUCUCCCACACUGUGAGAUCCGCUCCACAGGUGGAUGUCAAUUCCUGUCAGUUGCUCAUGUGAUUGAUGAGGGCAUUGAAUAUAUUACUCCUCAUAAGAUAACAGAGACUCAUGUCAUUAUAAACAUCACAGGGUUUUCUGGUUUUGGUAAUGUAAAGGAUGAAGACUCUCCUCCUGACCCGGUCCGAGCACUGGUGCUGCUGUUCUACAGACCCCCAACUGAUCCUGAUCCUGAAUCUGUCCUCAAUGUGUUGAUGCUACCAAAUAACGUUGUGCUGCGUGAUGUGCAGCGAAUGAGGAAGGAAUCAAAUGAAGAUGAGAGGUACAUCGAGACACCCCCAUAUUGUGAACUGAUCCCAAAGCAGGAGUACACACUGCCCACUAGUCCUGAAGACGACUCAGUUCUAGUUCAACCAAAGAAAGCAAAAUUUUAUGAGGAGUUUGACAGAAACUACUUUCCAUCGUUCCAGGUCAUUUUCAAACAAAUCAUGAGAAAUAUUAAGCUGUCUUUAAUAGACACCAACAGCUCUAGCAAUGUCUGGGAAAGCGAAGUUUUUCUUACAUCAACCCAAGUAAGGAAUCCCCAAAGACAGAGUUCUCGGAGUCUGCCUUCCACUGAGAGACUGAUGGACAUACGGACCGGCUUCAUCAAUGGGAUAUCAGGACCUGUUCUCCAAAGUCUGCUGGACAAGCUGUUUGAGAAAAAGGUGAUAACUGAACCUGAGAGGGAGUCAGGGAACGACAUGCAAAACAAUGCUCGUUUUGUCAUCGACACGGUGAGGAAGAAAGGUGAAGCUGCAAGUUCAGAGAUGAUUGAGCUUCUCUGUGAGAUCGACCCCUUCCUCUGUAAACAUCUUGGGUUGAUAUAA